UUCAUCCAUGGCAUAUUGAACCUACCUUGUAUCUUUACAUAUCCACUGUACGCAGUACGUGCAAACGAGAGUCCUUUCCACGCUAGUGUCCGUGCAACCCCAGUAGCGUACUCUGUUUCUGUGUGGGUGAACCGUUUACGAUUCAAUUGCACGCCAUGAAUGAAUGAAUGAAUGAGCGUAGUAACGUAAAACUAAAGAGAACACGCUCCGCCCCGGCGAGAGAGUCCUUGCCAGGUGAAAAUCACAGCAUGGAGAACAUCAACUGCCGUGGCCACGCCUCCUGCCGCGCCGUGGUAUGUACAACAUGAAUGUCACAUGUUUUAUUUUUUAUGCACGCGUCAAAGUUGCAACUUUGAGUAGUCAAAAAAGAAGAAGUUGGGAGCAGUACCUUAUCACGGGCUGCCGAGGUUGGCUGACUGGUCGGAUCGGAUGCUGCGGUUGGCUUGAACAGCAGCUCGUCGGAGUGUGCCAUAAGGACUUUGGCAUCAUCCUUUCGGUCGGUCGUUUGAGCGUGGAAUGGGAAAAGUGACAUCGGUGUUGCGGUGGGUCAGAUGGGAGAGGAAACACGGAAAAUGACUGACUGGUGUUGGAUUUUGUGUAGAUGCGCCCAGUCAGCGGCAAAGCGAUGACGCGGGAUGUGAGCAUGAACAUAAGGAUUCGAGAGCAAGGAUACAGCUCUGACUGCAGAGGGGGAGAAUGCUCGGUUCGCUCUGGCAAAUGAAAAAGUCGACAUGAUGAGGUGAAAAGCGGUUUUUGGAUGGUGUGGUGUUGUUGGCUAUAGAGCCGGUUGAGGGUGGGAAGAGAGCCUGGCGUUCCGGUUGAAGUGAGUCGCUGGCUGAUGCCAGUGGUAACUGUAGCAAAUGUGAAUUGUGAUGAAGUCAAUACAGCAUCAGUCGGUAAUCAGCUUCUACCGUUUCUGGCUGUGCCAUUGCGGGAAAUCUGGACAGCCGGAGUCAGUUGAUCAGGAACAAUCGAGCAAGUGACACCAAUCGGUUCUACCUUCCAGUAGUGUGGCAAAACGUAUCGGAACGGUUGCGUCGGGAUAUUAGUGUCGUUUGUGAAGUUCAUCAUCCUUUAGAGAAGAUAUGUAUUCUAUGAUCUGAAACAAAUUGGAAAUAUUCUUCGCGAAUUUGAAAGUGAUCCGGUGGUUGUUCAACAUAAUACUAAGUGACAAAGUGAAUUUAUAAUUCUUCAAGCAGUUGAUGACAAAUCGUCAAUAGAAAUUUUUCAAGUUGGAUUUCAAAUUCGUUUGGCAACCACGAAGAAUGGGAACAGGUGACAGAUUACUUGACAUCCCAUGCAAAGUAUGCGGUGAUCGUAGCUCAGGAAAGCAUUAUGGCAUCUACAGUUGUGACGGCUGCUCGGGAUUCUUCAAACGCAGCAUUCACCGAAAUCGAGUUUACACUUGUAAGGCGGCUGGUGAACUGAAGGGUCGCUGUCCGGUGGACAAAACCCAUCGCAAUCAGUGUCGAGCCUGUCGGUUAUCCAAGUGCUUCCAGUCCGCAAUGAACAAAGACGCUGUUCAACACGAACGCGGUCCGCGGAAACCCAAGCUGCAACACCUACAGCCAAACGGAGCUCAUCCACACCAUCUGGGAGGACCAUUCGUGAACACAUCGUCCUACGGUCAUCCUCACUUUGCCAGCCUGCACCACUCGGCUAUGCAGCAGAGUUCAAUCCUUCAUCAUCCACAGCCUUUGUCCUUUGCUCCAUUGGGACACCAUAUGCCUCCAACGCUCCUGCCUCCAGUGAAAUUAGAACAAAACAAAUUUGAAUUCCCUCCUACCAGCAAUGGCCAGUUACCUCCCACGUUGUUGCCCUCCGUCAAACUGGAACAGAACAAAAUGUCCUCGUUCGACUUCUCCCCGUCAAGUCAUCGAUUCUACGCUAAGCCAAUGGAGCAACUUCCUCCAUCACCUACCAACUCUAAAAGCUCGAUAAGUGUAGAUUCCCCAUCCGAGAGCUUAACCAGUCCACAGCCUUCAACGGUAGACUGCGGAUCCAGUGUCCUUAGCCCUACUCCGAUCAACGCCAGCAAUCUUAGUCUUCCCUCCCCACUGUCCCAAACAGGGGUCCUAGAUAUUAUCAUGAGCUCCGAUAAAUGUCAGGAAUUCAUACAGUAUCAAAUGCACAACAAUAACCUAAUGUUCCCUGGAUACAAUUCACCUGAUAAUGGUGAAACGGCUCCUCAACCCCCUCCUCCUCCACCACCACCAUUGAUUCCCCACCCACAACCGUUAUCAGCCGACAGCCCCGGAGUACGAUUACCUACCUGGGAAAUUCUACAGGAAACCACUGCCCGACUGCUGUUCAUGUCGGUUCGGUGGGUACGCUGUCUGAUUCCCUUCCAAACGCUGUCCAAGAAUGAUCAGCAUCUUUUGCUACAGGAAUCGUGGAAGGAGUUAUUUCUGCUGAAUUUUGCCCAAUGGAGCGUCCCGUGGGACCUGAGUGCACUGCUCGAGAGUCCACAGGUGCGUGACCGGUUGCCGCAAGAUCCUGCCACGCAGAUGGAGAUGAAAACGAUGCAGGAGAUCCUGUGUCGCUUUCGGCAGAUUUCUCCGGAUCUCAGCGAGCUGGGCUGCAUGAAGGCGGUGAUACUGUUCUCUCCAGAAACCUCCGAGCUCUGUGACGUCCAACCGGUGGAAAUGCUACAGGACCAGGCCCAAUGUGUCCUUUCGGAUCACGUACGGGUGCGCUAUCCCCGUCAGCCCACCCGCUUCGGACGCCUGUUGCUACUGCUCCCACUGCUGCGGACGAUUCGCUCCGUUACCAUCGAAACGCUUUUCUUCAAAGAAACCAUAGGUACCGUGCCCAUCUCCCGACUUCUAAUCGAUAUGUAUCAAAUGGAAAAGUACACCGAUCUCGAAGCUGGCAGCACCCCGGGAAUCAAUGUCAGCGCGCCGCCGGUGAAGCAUUAAUCGAUUGGCCCAGGCGGAAGAAAACAUCAUCGUUUCUCAUCAUCAUUGUGGGAUGCGCGUGGGACGUAGGGGAGACUCGUUGGAAAAACGUAAUUGAGAAAAUCUAUGGCAAAAAGUUUUUCCUAUGACAUGUUUGGGGAUUCCAAAGA